UGCUGCUACGUAACGGUCUCCUCAAUCUCGUGAGAUUAUCGUUCAUUCUACAGUGUGACCGGUGGUCGUUCUUCUCUGCACAUACACACACGCAAACACACAGAUAUAUUUGCACAGAGACGUGGUCAGCGAUGGAGAGCAAGAAGAGAAGGGGUAUCUUGGAGCGCCUGAACGCUGGGGAGGUGAUUGUUGGUGACGGAGGUUAUGUAAUGCAACUGGAGCGACGUGGCUAUGUGAAGGCGGGACACUGGACCCCUGAGGCAGCUGUUGAACACCCCGAAGCAGUGCGGCAGCUGCACAGGGAGUUUCUGAGAGCAGGAGCCAGUGUGAUUCAGACGUUCACCUUCUACUGCAGCGAGGAUAAACUGGAGAUCAGUGGCAACGUCCCCAAUAUCACUGGGGCGCAGAUCAAUGAGGCAGCCUGUGACCUGGCCAGGGAGGUGGCGAAUGAAGGUGGUGCACUGGUUGCCGGGUGUGUGUCUAAAACUCCAUGUUAUAUGACGAGCCACAGUGAGACUGAAGUCAAGGCCAUCUUUAAGAAACAGAUGGAUGACUUCCUCAAGAAGGACAUUGAUUUCUUUAUAGUAGAAUUUGUUGACCAUGUAGAAGAGGCAGUGUGGGCGGUAGAGGUGUUGAAGACGAGCGGUAAAACAGUGGGUGCAACGCUGUGCAUCUCCCCUCACGGAGACAUGAACGGAGUCCCACCUGGAGAGUGCGCUGUCAGGCUGGUCAAAGCCGGAGCUGACAUUGUUGGGAUAAAUUGCCACUUGGACCCGAUGACGUGUGUUCGCACAGUGAAGCUGAUGAAAGAGGGAUUGGAGAAAGCAGGCCUCAAAGCCCAUCUCAUGGUCCAGCCGCUGGGCUUUCACACGCCGGAGUGCAACCUAGGCGGAUACACCAGCCUACCUGAGUACCCCUUCGCACUGGAAACCAGAGCAAUCACGCGCUGGGAUAUACAUAAAUACGCCAGAGAGGCUUAUAAUGCUGGAAUUCGCUACAUCGGUGGCUGCUGUGGAUUUGAGGCCUAUCAUAUCAGAGCCAUAGCAGAGGAGCUGGCUGCAGAGAGAGGAUUCCUCCCACCAGCUUCAGAGAAGCACGGACUCUGGGGAGCUGCUCUGGAGAUGCACACUAAACCCUGGGUCAGAGCCAGGGCUCGACGAGAGUACUGGGAAAACCUUUUGCCUGCUUCUGGACGUCCCAAAUGCCCUUCCAUGGCCACACCAGCUGAUAAUUAUGGAAAAUAGCUGGAAUCCAAAAUACAGAUGUAAUGUCUUGUAUACACUGUGAAGUUUUCUGUAUUUUCUGUGUGUUUGAACAGAGUGUGCACUUUUUUCCACAUCAAAAAUGACACAGAAAGAUCUGAACCUGACAUUUUUAACAACAGUUAUUUUGCAAUCUGUCCAGUUGGCUCGGCCACGUUACGGUGGCUCAGUCAUCCACGAAUCAGCAGCUCCAUGCUUUUAUCCUGUACUGUAACGUUAUGCACUGUCCUUAACCUGAUGACUAAUUGUACAUGGAGGCACAGCUGGGUUUUUACUGACUUAAUACUGCUACUUCCUGUAUAACACCUUCACAGGCCUGUCGUAUUUCUUGAUUUUUGUAAUCUGGUGCUUAAUACUUUAAUAAAUAAUAAAUCAAGUUUUUUUUUUCCCAACAACCCCCUUUCAAUAAAAGAAAAUACUGCUGUA